GCCAUCAUGUUUCAGCUCCUCUGAACCAUAACUGCGCAGCUGAGAUUAAAACCAGACUCAUUUCCACCAUAGGCUCGAUUCUUCUCUCACAGACAAAAAAGCAGUCUCAGGAAAGAUGUCUGUCUCCAUGACCAAAGGCGAGGGGGUCACUGUGUUCACUAUGACCGUUGACCCCAAAAGUUCCUGUCCUCCUCUGUGCCAAAUCAUCAAGUCCCUCUGCUACAGCCCAGUGUGGUGCACUGUGUCCCAGCAGCUGAGGACAGUUCAGAGAAUGUCUCAGUCAGUACUUGGGGCUCUGCACAUUAUGACUGGUUUUCUCCACAUUGGCCUCGGAGUGAUUCUCCUGAACAGUGGAAGUGGCUCUGGGUGGGUAAUGGACGAAACCUUGUUUCCUGUUUGGAUGGGAGUACUGUUUAUUUUAUUCGGUGUGAUGUGCAUCCUCUCGGAGAAGUUCCCCAGUCAGUGUCUGGUCAGCAUCAAUGUGAUUCUGAACAUGACGGGAGUUGCUUUCGCCAUAACAGCCAUCGUACUCUACAGCAUCAACAUGGCAGGCGUGAACAUGUGGUGGAUGUGUCGCGAUGACAACUAUGGAUCCAGCUAUGACGAUCAAAUCAUCAAUACGUCUACCGAGGAGAGCGUCCGCCUGUCCAAUCGCCUCAUCCGGGAGAAGGACAGCGUCCUGGAGAGCUGCAUCAAUGGCAAAUAUGUGACCCUGAUGCUCCUAAGAGGAGUCAAUGGCGUGUUGAUCGUCCUGUCGGUCCUGGAGCUCUGCGUCACCAUCAGCUCUGUCGUCAUGGGGAUCAAAGCUCUGAAGAGCGGGGACAAGAGAGAGAAUGAGAAAACAGGCGACCUGGAGCAGUACCAACCUCUUCUGGAGGAAAUCACCAAGUAACACUCAAGCCUGAAGAUCACUGCACUGUACAAUCCGGUACAAGGACGUGUACGAGUUUGCUUUUGUGUCAUUGUGUGUUCUGUAACAUCAAAUGAUUUAACUCUGCUAAACCACUUUUUCUACAAGAUUUCAUUACAAUAUAUUUGCACUAGCUCUGCUAAGUAGUUUUGAUUAUAAUCUAAGCCAGUGGUUCUUAACCUGGGUUCGAUCGAACAACGCUCUCAACGUUUUGGUGUCACCAAAUCGUACCACACCCCCUUAUUGCCCUUGAGAUAUAUAUUUUUUUUUUUAUUUGACCUUUAUUUAACCAGGAAAGUCCCAUUGAGAUUAAAAACCUCUUUUUCGAGGGAGUCCUGGCCAAAAGGCAGCAACAAAUAACAUAUGUACACUCACAAUAUUACACUCACAACAUAUAAACAGAAAUUAAAAUGAUAAAAAACUGUUACAAAUAAAUUAAAAUUCAUAAAAAACAUCUGCAAGUAAAAGAAGUGGUCUGAAAUGAUCUCAUCGUAGAUUUAAAAGCGUUCAAAGAAAUCAUUUCAGUUAAUUUAAAAUCUUUUUGCAGCCAGUUCCAUGUGGUGGGAGCAGAGUGGACGAAUGCCCUUUUUCCUGAUUCAGUGCGGGCCAAUGGAACUAACAAAAGCAUCUGAUUGUUUGAGCGCAGACUGUAAUAAGCAACACUUUUCUGUGUGAUUAAAUUACAAAUAUAUGAUGGCAGUAGCCCAAGCAUGGCCUUAUAAAUAAAAGUGCACCAAUGUCCCAGCCUCCUGGUGGACAAAGAGGGCCAACCCACUCGAGAAUACAAUUCACAGUGAUGGGGAAUGUUUCUGACUCCAAAACGAGUGGCUGAGAAGGUAAACCCAUGGCUUGAUCAGUACAUGAGGCAGUUUUACCCUAACAACCCCAGACCAUGCUUUGGUAUCAUUGCCAUGGACUUCCCUGGCAUCGACCUCAUUCAAACUGUUAUUAAUAUCAACUAGUGGUAAAGGUCAGGCAGAUACGCAGUGUGUCCCACAUGUUAGAAAGUCCUUCCUGUGUCUCACUCUUCAUUGUACACUCUUGAAAGAAGGAAUAAAUCUCUUGUAAAGCCAAACCGAUUCUUUACUCUUCACUGUAAGUUGAUUUCUCAAGAAUGCAUUAUUCACAAUUGCUUUCUGACCAUAAUUAAGAGUAAAAUAAAGAUUACUUCCUCCUC